CUGUGGGUAAAGAAGUUCUUUUCACCUGAAGGAAAAGAUAAUAUUUGUGAUUCGGCUUCUCAAUUUUAAUUAAUGAUAUACCAGUAAAAAUAAUAAUUAAUUUACCGUAAAGUUAUUCAAUAAUUAAUCACAAUGCGUUUAAGUGCACUUUUAAUGCAUUGGAAAAAGAAACCACCACCUGGUCAUCUUUUUAGAGGAAAGAAUCGAAUAGUUCCGGAACCAACAAUAGGAGCUUUAUUUAAACUUCGUUAUGACUUUGAAAGAACUGAACGAAAUAUGUUGAUUCUUCGACAUCCUUUUUUGACACCAGAACAAUCACAUGGUCAUGCUAAAUCAUUCAAAACACCUAUACGCUCAGCAGAAGUAUAUAAUAAAAAAAGAAAUGCUCGAUUCAACAGGCAUUUUACAUGGAAUGAUCAAUUGUGUCAUUUAUUAACCACUGAAGGGUGGGAAUAAUUAUUUUGGUUUUUAUUGUAAAAUUAAAAUAGCGAUAUAUAUAAUUUUAAAAAUAAACUAUACAAUACGUAACUCUAAUAAA